CCUUCCUGAACACUUUGGUAUGAAAGGACAGCAUGGCCAUGUUGCAACUGCUACUGCUCAGUUUGCUCUGUGGGGGCUCAGCCCUGGCCAACGAGAUCUCCAUUCACCAUCAAUGUGCCCAAGGUCCUACAUACUGGUGUAAGAACCUAAUGACGGCCAUCCAGUGUGGCACUUUGCAGCACUGCAUUCAAGCAGGUUGGAACCAGACCACCAAUGAAGAUUCGUGCACAGACUGUGAACAGAUUGUGACCAUCCUCACUCGCAUGGCCAAGGAGUCAUCCUUCAAGGAGACCAUCCAGAAGUACCUGGAACAUGAAUGUGCCACCUUGCCGCUGCAGACACUGAUCCCACGUUGCCAGACAUUGGUGGAUACAUACUUGGAUCUCUUCAUUUCCAGCCUGGAAGGGCAGAUUAAGCCGCAUUCUGUCUGUGCAAAGUUGGGCCUGUGCCAGUCUGAGUCACUGGAGACCAAGGACACUUUCAAGAUGCUGGUUCCAGUGGUGGAGCAGUUCUUUCAGUUGCUGCAAAGCAAAGCUCUCAUCACACCCAACAGCCAGACUCAGGAGAUGCCAGGGGAGGAGCUGCCUAUCCCCCUGCCCCUUUGUUGGCUGUGCAGAUCUUUCGUGGGCAGGAUUGAAUCUGUUAUCCCAAAGGAAGCAAUUGGCAAGUCCCUGUCGCAACUCUGCCGGAUUCUGCCAGGAGCCAUUGCUGGAAUGUGCCAGUGUUUGAUGGAGAAAUAUACCGUAAUCAUUAUGGAUAUGAUCUUGGGCAAGCUGGGACCUCGCCUGAUCUGCGGGAUGAUGCUCAUGUGUGUCACAGAAGAAAACUGUGGUCCAGAGAUCCAUCCAGGGCUGCUCCCUUGCCAAGCCUGCCUCGCUAUCAGCAGCCAGGUGAAGUUGUCCCUGAAGUCAAACAGCACCCUGGCCGAAAUAGAGGCAGCCUUGCAUCGCACCUGCAGCAGUACCUAUCCAGGCUGGCAAGAAGAGUGCAAAAGCUUUGUCCACCAGUACCAUUCAAAGUUGGUCCCUCUGCUUGCAAAACCAUGGAGUUCACAGAAAACAUGCCAGGAACUGGGUGUCUGUGAGGCUGAGGGGGACCUGUUUCCAGGAGACACAGCAUGUGCCCAGGGCCCUACUUACUGGUGCUCCAGCUUGAGAGCUGCUGAGCAAUGCAAGGCUGUGCAGCACUGCCAGGCUCAGGUGUGGCUGUAGCCGGACAAGAAACCAAGCGCUAUUAGAUGCUGGGACAAGUUCCUGCCCUCUGCCCCAGUCAUGUGGAUUCUUCCAGCUUGUUGAUCAUUUCUAAGAGGCAGAAUGUAAAGGGUUUGCCUGCUGCUGAAUAUUAAAACUCCUCUCAACACAGUA